CAUAAAUCGAUGUGACAGUGAGUUAAAUUCAACAUGCCGUUGUCUUAAUACUCUAUUAUCGAUCGUGUUAUCAGCAUAAUUAUUCAAACGCGAAUGCGUCGAACCGAGAAGCAUCAUCUCAGGAUCAUUUAUAGUACACGUGUACGAUUACAUCGUUGAUGAACCUCAGAGUACAAACAUACAGCGUGUAUAUAUGUGAUAUACACAGUGACAUAGAGAUAAUUUUAUAUUCCAGUAAGUGUCUAGUGAUAUUCAAUUCUUCAACAGGAUGUCAGCUGGAAACUGCGCAUUGCGAAAAAACAACACCGGAAUUUUAUUCGCGUGCAUUGUUGGUUUGGCAUUAUCGUAUUAUGCAUACGUCGUGGAAACUAAAAAGGAACAGGAUGAUUCAUACAAAGCCAUGUGUGACAUUUCGGAGCAUAUCAGCUGUACUAAAGUGUUUAUGACCGAAUAUGGCAAAGGAUUUAGACUAAUGCCAAAAAAUUCCAUAUUUAACAUCCCGAAUCCUAUAUAUGGUUUAAUAUUUUAUACUCAGAUUGCAGUUUUAAGUACAAUUAAUAACUAUUCCUGUUCUGCUGCUGUUGUCGCUUUUGGAAUACUUUCUAAUAUUUUAUCUAUAUACUUGGCAUAUAUAUUAUAUGUACUUAACACUAUUUGUGUAGUAUGUAUUUGCACAUACAUCGUAAACGCAACGAUUACAUUUUUUGCUAUUAAAGAAUUUCGAAAAUUAUCUACUGGUGUCGCCCACAAAAAGAAGAUGAAAUAAGUUUAGAAAAUUUAUAUAAAUUUAAAUGCAACUUUUUAUAAUUGA